GCAGGUCAAGUGUUGAAAGCUUUUUACAAGCAAGUUCAACCCGACCGCUCACCCCAAUAUUUUCGGGCUUAUUUUCCUCUUUCCGAACUCACAAAACCAUUUAGUUUUCAAUUUACUUCCGCCGAGGAAGAAAAGUUAUUGCCUAAUCAGAGAACUAAACUUGGUUCUGGGUCAAGUCCUGUUAACUCAUACGGGCUAUUACAAAUUAUGAAUACACCAAACACACCAAUUAAAGAAAUUAGUAAUCGCGAAUUAUUCCAAAUAAUAGUACAUAAAUUAGAAAACAGCCAAAUUUAUUUCGAAGGGGAUGGUCGCCAAUGGUUUCUUUUGGAAAGGAAGCACAAAAUAAAGAUUGGUGAGUUGGAAAUGGAGUUUAAAAACUUUAAUGGCUAUGAAGUCUUAAAAGAAGCCCGAACUUCGGCUUUGGAAGUAGCCAAGUAUUUACUUUCUCUUGACCCCCAUAAGAAAUACUUCACUUUAAAAAUAAUAUCUCUUGGCGAGGAAGGAAGUAGUUUGCCUACGGAAGGAAAUUUUCGCUUGAAUAAAUUGCUCCACAUGAGUAAAAUAUUUCAUUGCAUGGAAUAUGGUAAACCAUUAUUUCGGGAAAGAAUGGAGGCUUUUGAACACGGAGCCUUGGUUUAUAACGUUUACAUGAAUUUCUUACAAUUGUAUCAUCUUCCUACUCUAACCACUGCCCUCGACAAAGAAACCCAAGAUUUUGUUAGUUUGAUAUUUAACUAUUUUUAUAGUUAUAAGAAUGAUAACGAAACCUUGAAAAAUUUUUCUCACGAAGAUCCAGCUUUCAAAUUAGGUGAUUAUAUCGAUGAUAACAAAAGACCGGCCAAAGAGAGAAGACAUGUAACAUUAGAAAUAGAAAAUGAUAAUUUGUGGCUGAUAAAAUUGACUAGUCAAAGAAAAGAACUAAGUCAAAUAAGAAUAAUGCCGAGAAUAACAGAAUGUCUGAAUAAGAUUUCUUAUCCGGUAUUGAAAAGAAAGAUUUGUAUUUCCCUCCUUGAUUUGGAGAAAACUAAAGAUGAAUUAACCUUUGACACUAAGAUAGUAAACGUGGAUGCUACCAAAUUGAAACCCACUCGGGAAAUUCCUUGA